UUGUGAGCCCUGCGAAGGCAACGGCGUUUUCUGGGCUUGUUCCCCGCUUCUCCAGAAGGUUCCGCCGGUCGGUUCGCCCCCGCCCCAGCCCGUCUCUGGGUCCUCGGCUGCGCAGCGUGCCGCCAUGAUGGGCCACCGUCCAGUGCUCGUGCUCAGUCAGAAUACAAAGCGUGAAUCUGGAAGGAAAGUUCAGUCUGGAAACAUCAAUGCUGCUAAGACAAUUGCAGAUGUCAUCAGGACAUGUUUGGGACCCAAGUCCAUGAUGAAGAUGCUUUUGGACCCGAUGGGAGGCAUCGUGAUGACCAAUGAUGGCAAUGCCAUUCUUCGAGAGAUUCAAGUUCAGCAUCCAGCAGCCAAGUCUAUGAUUGAAAUUAGCCGGACCCAGGAUGAAGAGGUUGGAGAUGGGACCACAUCAGUAAUUAUUCUUGCUGGAGAAAUGUUAUCUGUGGCUGAGCAUUUCCUGGAGCAGCAGAUGCAUCCCACGGUGGUGAUCGGUGCUUACCGCACAGCACUGGAUGAUAUGAUCAGCACGCUGAAGAAAAUCAGUAUUCCUGUUGAUGUCAAUAACCGCGAUAUGAUGCUGAACAUCAUCAAAAGUUCCAUUUCCACCAAAGUCAUCAGUAGGUGGUCCUCUUUGGCUUGCAACAUUGCCUUGGAUGCUGUCAAGACUGUACAGUUUGAAGAGAAUGGCCGAAAGGAGAUUGACAUCAAGAAAUAUGCAAAGGUGGAAAAGAUACCUGGGGGCUUCAUUGAAGACUCAUGUGUGCUACGUGGAGUCAUGAUUAACAAGGAUGUGACCCAUCCUCGAAUGCGGCGCUUGAUCAAGAACCCUCGCAUUGUGUUGCUGGAUUCUUCUCUGGAGUAUAAGAAAGGGGAAAGUCAGACUGACAUUGAGAUUACACGAGAGGAGGACUUCACCCGCAUCCUCCAAAUGGAGGAAGAGUACAUCCAGCAGCUCUGUGAGGACAUUAUCCAGCUGAAGCCUGAUGUGGUCAUCACAGAAAAGGGCAUUUCAGAUUUAGCUCAGCACUACCUCAUGAGGGCCAACAUCACAGCCAUUCGCAGAGUCCGGAAGACAGACAAUAACCGUAUCGCGAGAGCCUGUGGGGCCCGGAUAGUCAGUCGACCAGAGGAGUUGAGAGAAGAAGAUGUUGGCACAGGAGCAGGCCUGUUGGAAAUCAAGAAGAUUGGAGAUGAGUACUUUACGUUCAUCACUGAGUGCAAAGACCCCAAGGCCUGCACUGUUCUCCUCAGGGGAGCCAGCAAGGAGAUUCUCAUGGAAGUAGAACGCAAUCUCCAGGAUGCCAUGCAGGUGUGCCGCAAUGUUCUCCUGGACCCUCAGCUGGUACCAGGGGGCGGAGCCUCUGAAAUGGCUGUGGCCCAUGCCUUGACAGAAAAGUCUAAAGCCAUGACUGGUGUGGAACAGUGGCCAUACAGGGCUGCUGCCCAAGCUUUAGAAGUCAUCCCUCGUACCCUGAUCCAGAACUGUGGGGCCAGUACCAUCCGUCUGCUAACCUCCCUUCGCGCCAAGCACACCCAGGAGAACUGUGAGACCUGGGGUGUAAAUGGUGAGACUGGUACCUUGGUGGACAUGAAAGAACUGGGCAUAUGGGAACCAUUGGCUGUGAAGCUACAAACAUACAAGACGGCGGUGGAGACUGCAGUUCUGCUGCUGCGGAUUGAUGACAUCGUCUCAGGCCACAAGAAGAAGGGUGAUGAGCAGAGCCGGCAAAGCAGCGCUCCUGAUGCUGGCCAGGAGUGAGCGGUGGGCACGGUGACCAGCGCACUGAGCCAGAGUUCCAGGAACACUGUGGGUGUCUGUGUUUGGAAGGGAUCAGGUUGGGCAGCCCCAGUCUGUCAAGCACAGUUUGCAAAAGGCACUGGCCUGUACUCUUCUUGUAAGCUUUCCAUUCAGUUUGCUCCAGUGAUUAAAUCUAAGUCAUUUGA